UUUAAACGGUUUUUUUUACGUUACACAUUUGAGCGUUUCUGGCUUGGUUAAUAUAAUAAACGCAAUAUUUAUGAAAAUGGCUAACAAAUGACGAGUAAUCCCUCAACAUAUUUCAGACUCGCAGUCAUGACAACCAAAUCUCAAGAAAUCGAACGAGCAAGAAAAGAACUUGAAUUGCUAAAAGAGAAAGAACGAUCACUUGCAGCUAAACUUGCUUCAUUGAAUAAAACUGAAGAUAACCAGAAUGCAUAUACAGAGCACUAUUUAACUAACUUAAUAAUGGAUGAACCAAUACCAGUUAAGAAUGGUUUAACCCAUCAAAACAUUUUUCAAAGCAUUUUGAUGAAUGGUGAUUUCCAAGAAUCAAAUGUUGACGAAACAAGUGAUACCGAUGAGAUCAAGGAAAAAAAAGAAACAGUACCUACCGUAUUUACAAAUUCGAAAAAAAACAUUGACACAUUUCCAAAUGAAGGAGAGAAUUUCCAAGAUCAAAAGAUUACUGAGGAUUCAUUUGAGGAAGAUGAAAAAUUAGACGACUUUCAAUUUAGCAUCACAAACAACAGCCAGUUAAACUUUUCUCAUUCCGAAGAAGAACUAUAUUUAGAAAACGAGGAUUUAGAAACAAAAAGCACUUCUCCAGUUGAUCAUCGAAAUGAUAUUUUUCAAGAUAUCUAUGAAGCUAAAGCCCGCGAAAAAGCAUUACGAAUAGAACGCGGCACGUUUGUUGAAAGUGACCAGUCUAGCAGCGAAACAGAGAGCGAAAAAGAAACACAAAUUGAAGAUAGUCGUGAUCGUAUUGUGCGAGAAAUUGAGGAAGAAAAACUUCGCGAACUUGAACUUCAAGCUAAAUACAAAGGGCGAGGUAUCUUACUAAACAGGACUUUAGAGGAACCAGAAAAAACUCAGCUAAAGGAAAACAUCGAAACUCGUCAAUUAAUUUCUAUAGAAAUUAAUGACUUUAAACAACGAGAAGAAGAACUGCGCACGCAAUGGUCAAAAUUAAACAGAACUAAAAAAAAAAAAGAAGACGAUGAUUUUUUCAUAAAUAGUAUGCAAUUGGAACCUCGGCACUAUGUUGAAAAUGGAAUCUAUGAAGAAAAAAUAAUAAUGCAAGAGUUAAUUAAAUUAGAGAAUCUUUUACAUAAUAAAAGUUCCGAAAAUGAAGAAAUAGAAGAAAAAGAAAAUAAUUCAAAAGGAAAAAUAUUUCAAGAAAUAAAAGAAUUGCUAUAUCGAGAGUUAGAAUUAAAAGAACGUUCCCAAGGGAUACAAAAAAAGCAAGUGGAAUUGCAAGCAAAACAAAAACACGAAGCCGAACAACAGAAGCAAAAUCAAGAGAGACAAAAAAUUAAUAUAGAAGGACAGAUUAACAACAAAAUAUGGCAAGAAAUAGUUGAACUUCAAAGAAGAGAAGAAAAUCUUAAAAGGGAGUUUGCGAAAAUACAACAUAAGAAAUUACAGAUGAAUAACAUGCUAAACGGGAUACCUUUGCUUCAUUUAAAUGAUAGCGAAAUGAGAUCACUUGAUGUGGAAAAAUUUAAUACUAACGAAAAGGCAUUAAUCGCAGACAGAAUGAAGGUUAAAAACGAUAAAGUUAAUCUAAAAAAGCAACCAGUUAGAGAUAAAGAUGUUAAAGUUAAUCCAUCAAACAUGGACAAAGAAGAUCAAACUAGUCAGCUAGUCAAGAAACCAAUUGUUCAAGUUAACCAAUUUGGAAGACUAAAAGAUGUCCAAGGUAAACAACCAAGUGAAGUCAAAGAUGGUUAUAGUAACAAACCAAGUAGAGCUAAAGAUAUUCAAGUUAAUAAAAUUUCUAGUCAUAAACUUUUAAAUUUUGAAGAAAAAAAAAAGAAAAAAAUCAUUCUUGGACAGAAUAGCGAAAUAUCAAACAAUCUUGUUUCACAGGAUGUAAAACUUGAAGACAAUAUACAACAAAACGAGAAGUCAUAUACACAUGAUCUAUCUAUACUUCCUAUAACAACAAAAUGGGAAAACAAAGCUGAAGAAGAAAGACAUAAGCAACUUGCUAUACAAAGAGAAAUACAAAGUAAGCGAGAUAAUAAAAUACAGAUUAUGCGGAUUAAAGCUGAACAAGAACGACUAAGACAAGAGGAGCAACGAAUUUUAGAUCUUGAAAAACAAAGAGUGAUCAAAAAUCGUUAUUUGUUAAAACUAAAACAACAAGGGUUAAAUGAUUUAUGGGCAGCAAAAAAACCUCUUGUGACCCUGGAAUAUAAUGAAGACAGGAAUGAUUUACAUCUUCUUGACAAUACAUUUAUGCAAAUAAAGAUAAACAAUCCAGCAUUAUUAACACUACCUACUGCAGCAUCAACACCACCUACUACAACAUCAACACCAACAACUUCAACACCAACAAUUACCACGCCGAUAACAUUAACUAAAACUAUUAUGAAAUGGGAAAAGAGAAUUAAGAAGAACACAUCCAAAAAUAUGAAUUUCACAUGAUUACUUGAAAUAGAUAAGAAAAAACACAAAAAAAUAUUGAUGGCAGAUACAGUGCAUGAAACCAACUAAUAGUAGACACAUGUGAUUGGUCAGUUAAUGAUGGAUAGUGAACCAACACCUAUUAUCAAUAUAGAUUUAUUCUAAAUACUAUGUUUCUAUAUUUGCUAUUUAUUAGAACUAAUUAUAUAUAAAUAUUUUUUUGUACCUAGAUAACAAUACAAAGCUGUUUUAAACCAGAGAGAGCAAUAAAUUUAACUAUGAUCUCUCAUGUACUCUCUAGCACAAUGAAGUGAAACAAUCUUACAUACUUGCAAUGAAUGUAUACUGAAAAUCAUUAAUUCUAUAACUAUAUAGCAAAUAUAGAUUUUGUUUCUAA